ACAUGGUGAAGGAAAUGAGACUUGAUUCGAGCCCAUUGUCUCUGCACAAGCAAAAGCAUGUUUUGGUCAAGUUUGCGGUUUCUUUUCUGUUGACGGGUCUUGCAUUUCGCCUCUUGUUCUCGGAUUCCUUCUUCAGAUUUUCCGCAGAAACUCCUUCUCUUGCAGAGCAGAAAACAGAGUCCCCUGUCCCUGUGGCUGAGACUUCCCCUCCUCCUGAUCAAUCCCCUCUUCCUCUUGAUCUUCCAGAUAAUGAAAUCCAAACAUUUCAGAAUGAGACAGAAGAAGCAGAGGCAGAGCAAGAGGCAGGAAAAUGUGACAUAUUCAAAGGAGAUUGGAUACCGGACUCAUCAGGUCAAAGAUACACUAAUGAGACUUGCCGUGUGAUUGAAUCUCAUCAAAAUUGCAUGAAGAAUGGACGGCCUGAUUCAGGCUACUUCUACUGGAGAUGGAGUCCAAGGGGCUGUGAUAUUCCCAGGUUUGACCCUCAGAAAUUUCUUGAUCUAAUGAGAAACAAAUCAUGGGCCUUCAUUGGUGACUCCAUUUCCCGUAAUCAUGUACAAUCAUUGCUAUGCAUUCUUUCACAGGUGGAACAAGCUGUUGAGGUGUACCAUGACGAAGAAUACCGGUCCAAGAGAUGGCAUUUCCCUUCUCACAACUUCACGCUUUCGGUUAUUUGGACUCCUUUCCUCAUCAAGGCCACUAUUUUUGAAGACAUGAAUGGAAUAUCGACUUCCGAAAUCCAGCUUUAUCUCGACAAGCUUGACAAGGUAUGGACUGAUCAGUAUGAGAGCCUAGAUUAUGUAGUGAUUGCCGGCGGCAAAUGGUUCCUCAAAACCGCGAUUUUCCACGAAAAUGACACUGUAUCGGGCUGCCAUUUCUGCCCCGGGAAGAACCUGACCGAUCUAGGGUUUGAAUACGCCUAUCGCAAAGCGCUCCAGCUAGUUCUUAACUUCAUCACAUCUUCCAAGCAUAAGCCUCUUGCUUUCCUUAGAACUACCACACCCGAUCACUUUGAAAAUGGAGAAUGGUUCAGCGGAGGGUAUUGUAACAGAACAGUGCCCUUUAAAGAAGGUGAGGUUGAUAUGAAAGAUGUCGAUACAGUGAUGAGAAAUAUUGAGCUGGAAGAAUUUAAAAAGGCUGCAGAAAUUGGUUCCAAAAAUGGGGUUGUUUUGAGGCUAUUAGACACAACCAGUCUUUCUUUGCUGAGGCCCGAUGGCCACCCUGGUCCGUACAGACAAUUCCAUCCAUUGGCUGAGGACAAAAAUGCUAAAGUUCAAAAUGAUUGUCUACAUUGGUGCUUGCCUGGGCCAAUAGACUCUUGGAAUGAUUUGGUUAUGGAAUUGUUGGUCAAUGGUGACAAAUAUCAGUGAUCAAAAGGAUUGAGAUUCUAAGCAUAAUUCAUAACUUUCAUAAUCAGAACGGUAGGGGUAGAUAAAAUGAGCGUCUUCUAUUUAUUAAAAAAAAAAGGGUUAUCAAACUUUUGCACUGGUGGUUUGGCAUCUUAAAGAGUAAGAAAAUAAUACGUUGAGAUGGAACAGUGAUUGUACGUGUUUUCAA